AUGAAGAAGACACUGUUGCUCUGUUUUAUUCAUGGCUUCAAGGGUGAUGACACCACCUUUGGCCGGAACUAUGCCUUCGUCGAGCACCUCCGGAGGCUCAUCGCCGUGGCUCUGCCCAAGAUAAACGUUCAGGCUAUCGUCUACCCAACGUUCGAGACCCGUGGCGACCUUGGUGAAUGCGUCACGCGGUUCAGCGACUGGUGCGUACCCCACCAAUCCCACAGCACCAAGCACCACCCUAACACCUUGGUAUACCCUAGGCUUGUCAACAAGGUAAUCGACCUCGAAGUAGCUGCAGGCACACCUUCCCCGACCAUCGACCCGUCAGUGCGGGUGGUAUUGGUGGGGCACUCGAUGGGCGGCAUCGUAGCCGCCGAGACAACCAUCAAGAUCGCAUCGGAGAAGCCAAUCCACAACUCGGUCAACGAAGACAGCCCGAAUAAGCGCUCCACGGCGAUGCCACCGGCGCCCAACGCGCUCAUGUUCCCCUACAUCCAAGGCGUGCUCGCCUUCGACACCCCCUUCCUCGGCAUCUCCCCCGGCGUGGUGGCCCACGGCGCCGAAACCCACUACGCCACCGCGUCCACGGCCAUCGCCCAGCUAAGCGGACUGACCAGCCUCUGGGGCGGCGCCAAAGCCGCCCAAUCCAAGGCCGACCCGGCACCCGGCAACGCCCGCACGCUCCCAGCCCCGGGCCAGGGAAGCAGGGAUGCCAACAACAACAGCGACAGCAAGAACAAAAACAACCAAAACAGCGGCUGGGGGUGGGGCACGAUCGCGAUCGCGGCCGGCGCCGUCAGCGCGGUCGCCGCGGGCGGGGCGGCGGCGUACCUGAACCGGGAGCAGAUCACGCAGGGGCUGGGGUGGGCGACGUCGCACCUCGAGUUUGUCGGGUGCCUGGCGCGCAAGGAGGAGCUGCGGCGGCGCGUCGCCUACAUGGUGCGGCUGCGUAGGGAGCUCGGCGUCGGGUUCGGGAACCUGUACACCCGCCUGGGCCAGGCCGCGGAAACCACCCAGACGGCGGUCAAAGCCGGCUCGGUGCUGGGGAGAAGCGACCGGACGUUUUGUGUCGUGCCGGAGCGGGAGGAGGCUGGCGAUUGGCGGCAGGCGGUUAAUGAUAAGGCGAAGGACGAGGUUGGGGCCCAUAUGACCAUGUUCGAACCGAAGGAAAACCCGGGCCUCAGCAAGCUGUCAAUGGAAGCGAGGGACAUGGUCGCGAGCUGGCUUCGUAAUGACUGGUACGAGAGUAGCUCGGCAAAUCCGGCGCGCGCUUGA